UGGAGCAAUAUCGGUACAUAGCGGAGGCCUUUUUUUGGUACAGAUGGCAGCCACGGGGACUCGGUGCAUCAUAAUCGUCAGUUGCAAGUGGUUGGUUGGAGGUGGGAGGAGAGGGCUGCGCUGCUGGUGGCAAUGUCGAACGCGCUUGCCAAUGGGGUUGCCGGAGCUGGAGGGGGAAUCAUCGCCCAAAUCGUCACCUACCCGCUCCAGACGUUAAACACACGGCAGCAGACUGAAAGGGUUGCCAGAGAUCGCGCUUCCUCUUCUGGAACGCAGCCCAAACGCUCCUCCAAGGGAACCCUGGCGGAGAUCAUCCAGGUCAUCAAAACUGAAGGUUGGGGAGGUUUAUACAGUGGGCUGAAGCCCUCUUUGUUGGGAACCGCUGCAUCCCAGGGAAUCUAUUAUUACUUCUACCAAGUAUUAAAAAACAAGGCUGAAGCCAUUGCAGUUGCUCAGAAAAAGGAAGGCCUUGGAGAUGGUACUGUUGGCAUGUUUUCUUGGUUGGUGGUUGCAGCCAUGGCUGGUUGCGCUAAUGUGUUGGUUACAAAUCCAAUAUGGGUUAUUGUUACUCGCAUGCAGACCCACACUCAAGCACAAAGGCAUAUUUUGGAGAGAGCAAGGAAAGUCAUGGCUUCUGAAAAUAAUUCAUCUGAUCUAAGUUCUAUUUACAAUAAGUCAUCUGGCCUUCUACAACCGCCAGUUCAUCCAUACGGAACAUGGCAUGCAGUUCACGAAAUUUAUUCUGAAGCAGGAGUACCAGGAUUCUGGAAAGGAAUAAUUCCAACUCUUGUUAUGGUCUGCAAUCCAUCAAUCCAGUUCAUGAUUUAUGAAACAUCAUUGAAAUAUCUGAAGGCUAAGCGGCAGGUCUCAAGUAAGCAUCAGUUCAAAAAUGUCACUGCUUUGGAGGUUUUCUUACUUGGAGCUAUUGCUAAAUUGGGCGCAACUGUUUCCACAUAUCCUUUGUUAGUAGUUAAGGUGGUUUAUGAAAUUCACGUGCUCAACUUGUUGUCAAGACUCCAAGCAAACCAAGAGAUUGGUGGUCAUACUUUUCUUAAAUAUGGUGGUACGUUGGAUGCAAUCAUCAAGAUGAUCCGUUAUGAGGGACUACAUGCAUUUUACAAGGGAAUGACUACCAAGAUUGUGCAAAGUGUCUUUGCUGCCUCUGUGCUUUUCAUGAUGAAGGAGGAGCUAGUUAAGGCAAUCCAACUGUUAUCUAAUAAGACUGGGAAACUUAUUGGACAUGUAGCAAUAUGAUUAUGGAAUCUGGAUGAUGUUUCAGUAACCCCAUUAUUGUCAUUGCUGUUCAAAAUGCUAAAGAACAGUAUAAUGAAUUACUUGCUUUUUUUUUAAAAUAUCAAUUCAUACCAUCAAAAUUCAGUUGUACUUUUAGUUUCUAAAAGAAGAAUUCAGACUCAGUUGUGGCAGCUACUUCAGCAAGAAUUGGGAGGUUGGUCCUUUUCUCCCUUAGGUUGAAACCGUGGACUCUAUUCUUGAGUUAUAAACUUUGUUUCAUUGGUGUAACAUGAGAAACUCAGUUAUUCUGUUUGCUUUGUAA